GGAGGAAUUAAUGGUAUUCCUUUGUCAUUAUAGGAACAAAUUGAUAUUUGGUUUUAAAUCAGAGGGGUGGGGACAGCGGGGGAGUCGGAGCAACAUGUUGCGUUAGGACACAUAAGCAGAGGGAUGGCACUGUGACAGGCAAACUCAGCCAGGAGGAUGCUCGUGCACUGGCGCUGAGCUGCUGGAUAUCUCCACUGAUGUUCACCAUGUUAUGGGAUAUGAGAGUAAAAGAUAAGGUAGAUAUGACCUGGUGUUUGCCUGGCAGGACAGAAUGAGUGCACCCGGGACAUGGACGUGUCACUAGGAGACCAGGACAGCCGUGUCUGGUUGAGACACUGAAAUACUGGGAGGGACAUUUGGGUUCCUCUCACAUCUGAAGCCCCUGCUCAAUCAUGAGACUGGCCCUCCUGGCUUUGAGACUGAUGGUUUUGGCGUGGCUGUGGCCUGUCACUCAGCUCAACAGCAGCACUUUUGCAAACAAGAAACGGCACAAAGAGGUCUAUGUUGGGGAGAACACUAAAGCAAAGCAUGGAGGACGGGUGGAUCUUAAGAUGAAAAAGCUGGACAGUACAAAGUCCCUGCUAAUUAAGUCUGAGCAGCUACUAAGGAUUGAAGAUCAUGAUUUUGCCAUGCGUCCAGGCUUUGGAGGUUCUGCUCUUCCAGUUGGAAUCGACGUCCAGGUGGAAAGCAUUGACAGCAUAUCUGAAGUAAACAUGGACUUCACCAUGACCCUCUACUUGAGGCAUUACUGGCAGGAUGAUCGGCUGGCUUUCCCCUCCAGCAGUAACAAAAGUCGAACCUUCGACGCACGUCUCGUCAAGAAAAUUUGGGUUCCAGAUGUGUUCUUUGUCCAUUCAAAACGUUCAUUUAUCCAUGAUACAACUAUGGAGAACAUCAUGCUGAGGGUUUUUCCAGAUGGAAAUAUUCUCUACAGUGUGAGGAUCACUGUGACCGCUCUGUGCUCGAUGGACUUCAGUAGUUUUCCUCUGGACACACAGAACUGCUCUCUGGAGCUGGAGAGCUAUGCUUACAAUGAGAACGACCUAAUGCUCUACUGGAAGAACGGGAACGAUUCAUUAAGGACUGAUGAGAUAGUGCUCUCUCAGUUUUUUAUUGAAGACUUCCAGCCUUCCUUUGGGCUUGCCUUCUACAGCAGCACUGGUUGGUACAAUCGACUCUACAUAAACUUCAUCCUAAGGAGGCACAUUUUCUUCUUCAUGCUUCAGACCUACUUUCCGACCAUGCUGAUGGUGAUGCUGUCAUGGGUGUCUUUCUGGAUAGAUAGGAGAGCCGUACCUGCUCGUGUCUCAUUGGGAAUCACCACUGUUUUGACCAUGUCCACCAUCAUCACUGGUGUCUCUGCCUCUAUGCCACAAGUGUCUUACGUCAAAGCCGUGGACAUCUACUUGUGGGCAAGCUUCCUGUUCGUCUUUUUGUCCGUCAUCGAGUACGCUGCUGUCAACUAUUUCACCACAGUGGAGGAGAUGAAGAAGCUGAAGAACGCUAAGAUCCCCAGUGACUUCGAUACCACCCAAGCCAUGGCCUUUGAUGGGUGUUUCCACGAUAACGACAUUGACCUGGCUUCUUUCCCAGAGGUCUCCAUCACCCCGAAUACAGACAGAAACACUCAGUCUCGAAACUCCACCGUUUCUGCACCCACAGAGGGAACCAGGCUCCGUCGCAGGAACACACUGAAAUACAACCUGAGCUUCAUCAGGAGCAACAGUUACAUGAUUGACUCGUACUCUAGAGUCAUCUUCCCCAUGGCUUAUCUGCUCUUCAACAUCAUUUACUGGAGUUUGUAUGCUUAGUUCAUUUGUUAAAAAGACUUACUAAGUACCAUAAAUGCUGGUCUACCAUUCCGACUUUUUGUUUGCACAGUGUUUAAUGCUGAGCAUUAAUAUCGUUUAUGAUGUCUCAAAUUCAAAGAGCCAAGAUCAGCUGUUGCAGCAAAUUUAUUGCCGACCUUGUGUCCUUCGCAAAGGUGUGUACAAAGACAUUAAAAUACAUCUUUUAUUGCAGAAAAUAACUCAGACUGAAACUUUCAGAAAAACUCUGCUUUUAAUUCAAUUAAAAAUUAAUUGGUUAUUCAGUGGAGAAAUCCGCUGUGUUAUUUCAAGAGUCUUUACAAAUCUUUACCCAGGGUGCCAGGGAAUUUGUCUGCAUCUGUGGCUGCAAUUUUCCAAAUGGUAUAUGUGUCUUCAAAAAGAGUGAUUUGGAAAAAGUCUUAACCAUUUCUAUUUCUUUUUUGUUGUUGUUAUGUUUUAUUUCAGAGAAUAAUUUGGCAUGAGGCAAUUUUCUUUUAUUUUUUCAUGUAAUGUAUAAAGAAGAUGGUUGCCUGCAUGUGCCAAGGCAGGGCAGUUUUGCUCUACAAAAAAAGAAUCUCAUCAUAGUACCGUAAAUAUUUGAUUGACUUUAUUAAAUCGAGACCACAUUUCAAAUUAGACAAGCCACUUCAGUGAAACCUGUACAAAGCAACAUAUCUUUAUCUUUACAAAUAAACCUACACUUUUAAAUACUGUA